CCUGGUGGGAAGCUAUGAAAAUAAAUGGCGGCCGCCGGAGGUUGGCAGAUCGGCUAGGCGACAAAAGCGGUGCAAUUAUUCUUUCUUUUUAUUUUAUUAUUAAUUACUCUUCACCCGUGGACUACCCGGUAGACGAGACCGGAUUAUGAAAGACACCAUGACUGCCAUCGAACUGAAGGACCUCGGUAACAAAUUAUUCAGUGCCCGAAAGUACGAAGACGCCAUAUCCUGCUACAGCAAAGCCAUCAUCAAGAGCCCAUCGACGGCCACCUACUUCACCAACCGGGCGCUAUGCUACCUCAAGCUUCAGCAGUGGGAGCUGGCAUGCCAGGACUGCCGGCGCGCGCUCGACUUGGACCCCAGCUCGGUCAAGGGCCAUUUCUUCCUCGGUCAGGCACUGCAGGAGAUGGACAACUAUGACGAAGCCGUCAAGUACCUGCAAAGGGCCAAUGACCUGGCCCGCGAGCAGAAGCUCAACUUUGGGGACGACAUUGCAUGCCAGCUGCGGCUGGCGCGCAAGCGGCGCUGGCAGCUCAUCGAGGAGAAGAGGCUGCAGCAGGAGAUCGAGCUGCAGACCUACCUCAACCAGCUCAUCCUGCUCGACAAGCAAAAGAGGGUGCAAGAAAUGAAAAUGAAGGGAACACGCCAGGCCGACAUUAGAACGGGUGGAGGCUGCCCUGGACAAGUACAUAUCAGAGUUGAACAACAUAUUUGCAAAGGUGGACGACAAGCGCAGGAAGCGAGACGUGCCCGACUACCUGUGCGGCAAGAUCAGCUUCGAGAUCAUGCGCGAGCCCGUCAUCACGCCAAGCGGGAUCACCUACGACCGCCGGGACAUCGAGGAGCACCUACAGAGGGUCGGCCACUUCGACCCAGUGACGAGAACACCGCUGACCCAGGACCAGCUGAUUCCAAACUUGGCAAUGAAGGAGGUGGUGGACGGCUUCCUUGCGGAAAACGAGUGGGCCCUCGACUACUGAGAACGCCCCCGGUGACUUUGCAAAGGACUGUGCGUAGUCCCCGCCGAAAGUCACCCGCUUCGAUUUCAUGUCACCGCCUGCUUUCUUCGCUCUGAACAAGACCAAGCUGGUGGGCGCCCCCAUAAGUUGCUGUGCGAGUGUUACGCAGCUACCAGGCGGCGGGCUCGUCCUUUUCUUUUUAUUUGCCCGCAUCUGUCUGUUCUCAACAUGCCCACAGUUGGUCGUCGGGUGUCCCCAUGAAAUCAGGUCUUCAAUGAGUCCUGCUUUUAGAUCGGUCUCUCGUGCACAUGAGUGAAUGGUUUGUGCGCUUUCACUUCAGUAACAGCUGUUAAUUGCGUUGUGCGGGCCUCUGCUGUAAUGGUCAGUAGCACGGGUUCACGCGCUCUUUGAGCAUUCUGAUUACGAAAUUAACGAGCUGUUGAAGCAGCAUGUUGUUCACUCUUUCUUGCCUUGAUUGAUUGCACAGUGUCGUAUUCGAUUCACCCAACGUCUUCAACACCAGGACUUGAAAUGAAACGUAAUGGCAAGAUCGUACCCUGAAAGGACGGUGCACUGUGGCAUCUGGAAGCUGAGACUUUUGGGGAGCUGUCAUGAGCCUCUAAUGACAGAUAAGUUACAGUCAGAAAGUCGCAAUUUCCAUCAGUUUCUAAUGGAAGUGUUACAGUGGACAACUGGAGAAGGUCUUGGGCCUUUGGUGCGAUGUUGUACCACACUUGCUUCAUAGAAGCUUACACUAAACAAGUUUCUUGUGUUUUCCUGCAAACCUAAAUGAAUGGUUUGGAAUAGCUGGAAGCGGCCUCAUCCACAGCGGGCAUUGCAAACUGAACAGACGAUGACAAAGGAGAUCCGAGAAAAGCUGGCAUUGUCUCCCUUCUCAUCGUCUGUUCCAUUUUCACUGCUGGCCGUGACGACCUCAUUAUUUCCACCAUAAGCGCCUGAUGGAAUCUCUUGAAAGUGCGAGGUUCAGGCGAACUUCAUGUGUAUGUACGAAGAGGCAGCGGGAAAAUUGACGUGGGGGUGUGCAGCCUGUAGGUCGAAGUCUUGUCGCUUUGUGUCAGUGGCCUGUUGCCUGCGGUCCACAACCGCCCAUGUAAAGGUAUAUAUUGUACAUACAGGCAGUGUCAUGGGCGCGAUGAACCAUUACUGCCCUAGGGCCGCCUAACUCUUCGAGUGGUCCCGUAGCUCUAGGUCUGCUUGUCGCAUACCGCACUAGCCUCUGUACUUGUACGCUCCACUGCAGCCAUAGAGUCCAAAGUGGUAGCCCAGCGGUAGCCGGUUCCAGAAAUGCCUGUUUUUAAAGCUUGAUAACAUUGUGUGUCAUGAACUUGGGAUUGUCUGGGCAUGCCGUUUUGUAUACUGUUAUCAAGUGUGGUUCUGGGUUCCCCGUUAUCAAGUCCUGCGUUCACUUGUAUGGCUUUGUUCAGGAGUGUAUAGUGGUGGGACUGUCGUAAUAACUACAGCAGUCACUGACACUAGCUUUCUUGCGUUGUUGUAAGUGCGAAAACGAUAUCAGUAUCCUUUUUUUUUUUAAAGCUGUGCAUGAUGGUGAUGAGACUUGAAUUGCCACGUAUUGCACAAAGAGGGUAGUGCAGUACAGCCUGUGUCAUUCAUCUUGAUGGCAUUAUGUGACUGUCAGCUCACAUAGUGCCAGCUGCACACAUGCGGUGAAAGCGACGCGAUGUUGCAUUGUUGUUCCUGGCUACUUCAGUUCAGAGUGUUUGAUUUCUUCAACUGAUUUGGAUGCGGUUUGAUCUCGCAAAUGGUCUGGCAGCAAUCUGAGCAAUCUGACUGGUGAAUUGAGCACUGGCACACCAUAUAUAUAUAUAUAUAUAUUUUUUUUUUUUGUGCUUGCAGUUGCAAGUCAAGAUAUGUUGAUAAAGGGUAUGUUGAACUUGUCCUUCCCGGUGCGAUGCCAUCGGCUCUUCUAGCACAGUUGGGCUGGAAUAGUGUGACCAUUCUCUGCCAGUUCUCAUUCGCACUUAGGCAGUGAUUCUACAGUGGUGCUCCGGCUAUGUUAUCACCAGGAUUAGCCCAUCAUGAGUGGUGGAUGAUAGGGGAGGAAUGGAGUCGGGCUGACAGGUCCUUGCCUUGAAUUCUCAGACACUCGAAACGAAGAGACCCUAGGGCCAAGGGAACCAAUGUGUGCGACUUUAAGCCAGUAGCAUUACACGAGGUGUGGACACAAUGCUGUGUCAGGUCGCACUGCUGUUGCUUGAAGUUUGAUUGUCUGCUUACGGCCUCAAUCAGUUUCCAAGCUCUUGUUAAAUUGGGUGAUGGUUCUUGAUUGAUGGCCGCACUGGGAAGACAUUGUAACUCUACAGGAAACUACAAAAGCCAUGCUUAAUGCUGCACUAAAGGCAAGUAUUAAAUUGAGAUAAUGCAAUAGAUUAGAACACUUUGUUUUCUUUUUAUGAUUAAGGUAAUGCCAUGAACGGAAAGAGACAAUUAGGGCAGCCACUACGAAAAUGUGACACCAGCAUUCUUGGCAUAUAGCAUGUCCCAUUUAUGACUGGUAAACUUUAGUCAAUCACUGAUGAUGAAGAGGUUGCUUCCGUUGCAUUGCGGCAGAAAUCUAAUGCAGUUGGGCCAGUCUUUAUUGCAUUUGCCAAACUGGCUGGUGCUGCUACAUCGCAUGGUUCUGUUGGCGCUCUUUUGCGGAAGUGCGGGUACCCUUUCCGUGUGAAGCUUGCGAAUCAAAACAGUCGGCAGCGCAGGACGUCCGAGGUUGCUGUUGCAGCCGUGUUGUUUGUCGCUGCUGAUCUAAAUUGCAGACGAAGUGCGUGGCCCUUUAAGUUGCAGUUUUCUCAGCAACUAAGUAAUCUCUUGGCCAGGAGUGGCACCAGGAUUCUUUUGUUGGAGCAGAGCAUAAUUGUCUAGUUUAGUUAUGAUUAUAGGAGGGUAUUCCAUCACUUGGCACUCGAUGGUGCUAGGGGGGUGGGGAUAUUAGGGGGCCAGUAGGAAGUAUUAGGGGAUCAGUUGCUUCCCCAGAGCUGCCACCGCUCUUGGCACGAAACAUUCAAGGUUUCUGGAAGGUUAACGCAACUACAUAGAUAGAUUCAGUGCUUGCCUUUGGUGUCUCUCAACAGUGUACAUUAGCAUGCAACGUCCUCCCCACUUGUUUCUUUUCCCACUGUCGCUUGGUGCUGGAAAUAGACGCUCGUUGCAUACUUGCGUGGCACAAGCUUGAAAAUUCUGCAAUGCUGUCAGAAAAUGACCCAGGUUGCAUUGUUUUAAAGAAGUGUUUGCACAGAGGACGCAUAGCGCACUAUGUGUCUGCGUUACACUUGGAACAAAGCAGUUGGAUUUUAUCGCGCCACAAACUUCAGUGCUGCAGGCACCAAGUGUUUCGCAGCGUUUGCUUGCUUUCUCUGUCUACGAUUAUUGAUGCUUCAGAUGGCUGCUACGCACUAGCUUAAGCAAGGCGCAAGCGCUGAUACACCGUGUGAAUGAUGUGUGUGUGUGUGUUCAUGCAUUGAAGUACCGAAGGGAAAGCAAGUUGAUGAAUGAGAGUCGUAAAUGACACUGCACGCUGCCUCUGAUGGAAGUCUUUUAUUUGUGCUAGGCAACUAAGGCAACAAAAUCUGAUCGACAUUGAUGUUGGUGCGUGUGCAAGGUAUGAAAGCGAAUGGACUGGGCUGCCACAUGUUUUCUUUUCCUUUUUUUUUUUUUCUAAAUCCAGUUACCAGCGAUGUGUGUAAAUAAACACUGGUCAAGUUUCAAACUGUUAAA